AUGUCUCUUGCCAUCGCCCGAAGUCCCAUAGAGCACUCCCCCAUCGACGACGUCGAAGAGAAAGCCCAGGUGCGUGUGAGGGAAUCCCCCGAUGCCCUCGGGGAUCCAGACGAUGCACGUCACUUCUGGUUCCAGAGGGAAAAGAACUCCUCCCGUUCCAAUGCCAUUGCUACGCAGCCGUCCGUGUACGAUGACCCAGACCUGGCGGAGACGUAUCAACCCCCGUCCAGCUGGGAGAAUAUCCAUCGGUUUGAUCCGUCAGCUAGAUGGACCUGGAAAGAGGAGAAUAAAGUCGUGGCUAAGAUAGAUCUACGCAUUAUGGUACUGGCAUGCGUCAUGGUCGUGGCGUUGGAGCUGGAUCGGUGCAACGUUCAACAGGCGAAUGCAGACAGUUUCUUGGAUGAUCUGAAUAUCACCCGAGACGACUAUAACCUGGGCAACACGCUGUACCGCCUCUUCUACCUGCUCAGCGAGUUACCUGCGCAGGUCAUCGGAAAGUCUAUUGGCGUCGAUCGAUGGAUUCCCCUGCAGAUGACGACUUGGUCGAUUGUCGCCAUCGCCCAGUUCUGGUUACGCAAUCGAACCUCGUUCCUGAUCUGUCGAGCUCUUAUUGGUGUUUUGUCCGGUGGUUUCACACCUACGAUGAUUCUCUAUCUGUCCUACUUUUACAAACACCAUGAAUUAUCCGUCCGUCUGGGGUUCUGGUACGCUGCCUCGUCGCUGGCCGACAUCGUGGCCGGCUUGCUGGCCUACGGCAUCCUGCAUCUCCGAGGUGUCGAUGGAUAUGCCGGUUGGCGCUGGCUGUUCCUGAUUGAGGGCCUGUUCACCCUGACGCUGGGUCUCCUGGCGUUCCUCAUGCUACCUCCGUCGGUGACACAAACCGCCCAUUGGGCUCGAGGGAGGAACGGAUGGUUCACACCCAGGGAGGAGACCAUCCUGGUGAACCGCAUUGUUCGUGAGGAUCCGUCCAAAUGUACAGCGAAUCGGCGUCAUUUCUUUACUCCGCGAGAUGUCUGGUGCAGCAUCAUGGACUUUGACCUCUGGCCAUUGUAUCUUCUCGGCCUUACCUUUAUGACGCCAUGGACUACCGUCUCGCAGUACUUCACGUUGUUUCUGAUAGACUAUGGGUUUAACACCUUUCAAGCCGUCCUCUUGUCCAUACCAUACAAUGUCAUGGACGUCAUCUUGAGACUCGUACUGGUCUACGCCGCUGAAACCUUUGGAUCCAUUGCCUUGAUGGGAGCAUUGGCACAGGUGUGGAUGCUGCCCAUGCUGCUGUACAUGAUCGUGGUGGAUUUCAGCCAGGUCAACAAAUGGGUGGCCUGGACCAUCCUAACGCUGUUUUUGUCUCAUCCCAGUGCACACGCCCUGCAAGCGGGCUGGAAUUCUCGCAACUCGAACAGCGUGAGGUCGCGCGCCGUCUCGGCCGCAAUCUACAAUAUGUGUGUGCAGCUGUCCGGCAUUAUUGCAUCAAAUAUCUACCAGGAUGACGAUUCUCAGGAGUAUUCCAAAGGGAAUCGCGUGCUCUUGGGUCUGACUGUGAGUAAUAUCUUCUUCUACAUUGCCACGAAGGUGUACUAUGUGCUGCGCAACCGUUACCGAGACCAGAAAUGGCGGGCGAUGACGGAGGACCAGCGAGUCGAAUACAUUGCCACCACGGAGGAUCAGGGCAACAAACGAUUGGAAUUCCGGUUUGCACACUGA